CUAAACUUAUCACCAUUACCAAAGUAAGCAAAUAUAGUUAACAUGGGAAAGGGGGUAUUGAAAUACGGAGGGAAAUCUGGUAUUUUACCUAAAAUACGUCCUGUAUUUAAAGGUAACCCUAUCAGAGCCAAAUUACCCUUUGAAAGAGAACAAGAAGCCAAAGUUGAAAAAGGGUUUGCAGAAGGAAUUCCAUUACCUAAGAGAAGAGGAUAUACUUUCCAUCGUGUUGAACCAGAAAAGGAAGUAUUAUCUGUCAAAGAAAGAAUUGCCAGAACUAUUGAUAGAAAAAGUUCAGAAAAUGUUGAUCUUUCUAAAUUAACAGAAAGAGAACAAUGGGCUAUACAUCGAGAUACAAUUCGUCGUGAAUUUUUAAGAUCAGCUUAUUUAACUGAAGCUAAAAGAUUAGAAAGAAUCGAUAAAAUUAAAGAAGAACAAUAUAAGAAGAAAAAGAAAGCAGAAGCACAAAUUGGAAUCCAUGAAGAAUCAGAAGCUGUUAAAUUAACUAUUCCAACCAUUGAAUCAUAUUUAAAGGGACCAAUUAUGAGACAAAGAACUAAAGAAGAACAAAUAUUAGUUGAAGAACAAAGAACUUUGAAUAGAAGAACUCAAGAAUUAGAAGAAAAACUGGCUAAAGCAACUCAAUUAUUAGAUUUAUAUCAUGCUGCAUCUAAUUUCAUAACAACUGAAGAAGAAUUAGAAGCAGCAAUUGUUGAAGCUUUUGAAGUAAGAGUUACCGAUUAUGAUCGUACCCUUGAUCAAGUUAAGAAUAAACUUAAUAGUGCUAUUUCUUUCUCCAAUGAUUCAGAGAUUAGUAGAAAAUUAAUUGAAGAUAGAGCUCUUGGAGAAAUCAAUGGAAAACCAGGUUUAGAAACUGUUAAAGAUAUAUUAAGUGGUCAUGCUGAAACUAUAAGACGUGAAGCAGAAGUCGCAGUUAAUCAUGAUAAAAACUUUUAAUGUUUAAGACUUUCAGAAGAAGGAUCUAAUUAAAUAAAAGUAAAUGUAAAAUUAAUGAUCAUUCAUCACCUGUUUCAUAGAGAAUAUCUUGACAAUAAUUUUUGUCAUAAAUCAUAUAUUAAUGUACAUAGUAUUAGUAAUUGUUAAAAUAUAAAAACAAAAACACUUAGCGGCCAUUCGACU